AUGUUUUGUAGAGCUGAUCAUGACAUGAGGAGAUUAUCUGUUCCACAUUUACCAAGCAACCAUGUUCCAAACAAUCUUUUAUGGCCAACUCUGGGUUAUGUGCUGGAAUACUCACAUUUUCAACCAAAUGUACAACAGUCAAACCAUCAUACAUCUAUUGUGAAGAACACAUGUCCUGCAUAUGCUUCUAUCAGUACCUUCCCAAGAGUUGAUGAUUUUGCGGCGUUGCAAAUCAGUGUUGAUGUCGGAGAGACAACGGGUUCCAGCAAGCAUUUCCAGUCAAAAAUCAGCCCUGAUGCAGCUGAGAAGCUGACUCUGAAUGAGGAGGUUCAACUGCAUGGGCAUCAUGAGACUGCAGAAAGUAUCAAUGACUUUCCCAAAAAGAGAAGAAAAAGAAAGAAAAAACAUGCAAACAAAGGGAGAAUUCCAUGGAACAAAGGCAGAAAACAUACUGCAGAGACCUGUGCACUGAUCAAGAAAAGAACAAUUGAGGCCUUGACAAACCCCCAGGUUAGGAAGAAGAUGUCAGGACAUCCCCGUGCUCAUAGUGCAGUGAUCAGGGCAAAGAUAAGCUCUUCACUCAAACAACUUUGGGGUAAACGUUUGAAAUGGAAAAGGCUGAGGGAGAGAUUCUUUCUGUCAUGGUCCAAAAGCAUAGCAAGAGCAGCUAAGGAAGGAGCCAUUGACCAACAAGAGCUGGACUGGGAUGGCUAUGAUAAAAUAAAAGAAGAAAUAACUCUCAGGCAGCUUCAGGGUACCAUAGAAAAGACAAAGGCAGAGGAGAUAGCGAAGAGAACAGUUGAGAGAGAAGCAAAGGAAAGGGAAGAAAAGAUGGCAAGGAUUGCUCAAAAGAGAAAAGAGCGGGAAGAGAAAGCGAAGCCAAGAGAAGAAGUAAAGAGGAAGGCGUGCAGAAAAUCAAAGAAAAAAACAGAAGAGUCAUCUGUAGUCCGAAAGUUGACACUUAAGAAGAGAUUAACAAAGGGCUAUAUGUUGUCUUCUCUAUUAGAUUCGAAAAAGAAGUCUAUUAAUGAUCAGAUGAUUAGUCAAGGGGCACCAUUGACUUCCAAUGGUCGAGCUUGGGAGAAACUGGAUGUAGAGAUUAUUAAGAGAGAAAAAGUUCAAAGAGAAGCUUCACUUGCAGAUCAGAUCCGAGCUGCCAAAAAUAGAAGAACUGAAUCCAAUACUAGGGAGGCUUUGACAGCACCAUCUACUCUGAACUUAUUUGCUGGGAGUUGA